CGCGGCGUUCGGGGCUGCAUGUUUUUCCUCCUAGCGAGCCCUAGCGUACCUGCCGUGCUUGAUCCUGCCCUUUCCUGUUUGGCCUGGCCGCCUAGUUGGCGCGUCGCCUGGCCCAGAAGCAGAAAAUCAUUGAUAGCCACAACAACUGCAGCCAUACCAACCCACCACCUCCUCCUCUACCACCACCACCACCACCACUACCAUUUCCUACAUGUCUGCCUGCCUGCAUUCGCACCCAUUGCCUGCAGCCAUCCAUUCCUCUGUCUCUCUCUCUCUCUCUCUUUUUCCUCGCCGUGUACUCGUCUCUCUUUUGCCCUGCUCGCCAUCGAGUAUCCCCGUUGCUACCUGCCUGCCUGCCCUGCCUGCUUACCCACCACCACCCCUGCUCAUCGCAUUCGGCGCCCCGUCACCUUGUGGAAAGCGCCUAGCCUCUCGCUCAAACCCCAAAACAGUGACGAGACCGGGGCAUUGCAUGGCCGUUCCUUUUCGCCUGCAUCUCAUCCACAACACCAAUCCGUCACCUGGGAUACAAUUGUGAUAGGGACUUUGUAAUCCCACAGACACUCGCCCCGGCAUAAUCCCAUCCUCCUCCUGGGUGGACCCCUCCUGGACUUUGGGUUUUUUUUAAUCUUCCCCCAUCGUCGGUCACUCAUUCCCGACUCCAGUCGUUGUUUUUCUUCUGCUUCUCUCAGUCCUGCCUUCUCUCGUUUUGUUGUUACUGUUGUCGUCGUUGUCGUCCUCUUCUACCAACCUCGCCUCCGUUACAACGUACACACCAAACGUCUCAAGGCUACCCCACCUCAUCAUCUGCACCCAUCAUCCGUCACCACCCUCAAAAUGCACGAUACCAUGUCGUCAAAGCACUCCCGGAACGCAUCAGAGGAAACAAAUGCGACAACCGGCUCCUACAACAUCAUCCUGGAGCACCUGAUGCAGUAUCCCGGCAGCUACGAAAUUCCACUCCGGACCAUGUAUACUCUCAAUUGUGCUCCACGCGCUCAACCGCGCCCAAAAGAUCGUUCUCGUACUACUACUCCCUCCGGCUCACCCAUCUCUGGUCAAAAUCCAUGGAAUGAGGCCGAAUCCGCUACAGUCAACUUCGCUUCGCAGCUCAUGGGCCACAUCAACUCCAUGCCACACCAGCCUAGCUCUCUCCCCCCAUCUUUCAUUGUCAGCUUCGUGAGCCGCGUCUUCCAUCCAAGCCUUUCCCUGGUGGAUUUCCCCCAAGCAUUGACCGCUCUCGACUAUCUUCGGGACUUGGAAAACCGGAGAAAAAAAGAAAUGGUAGCCGCAUAUGCCCGUGUCCAUAUUCACCCAGAUUCUUUCAAAUCCGACGUGGAAUCAAUGGCCGAGCGCUACCCGGGUAUAGCAUUGUGGGCAAACAAUCUGCAAGGCAAGAAUACCAAGGCGGAAGUCUAUUAUGCUAGGAUAUGGCUUGGCAUUCGUCGAUGGGUCAUGAUAAAUGAAAUGUCGUUGCAGCCCUUCAACCGAAGGAAUUGCAUGGGAAUGCUCAACACUUUGUUGCCACCACAGUCCAAUAACAGCGACAGCAAAUCUGCUUCGCCUCUCUUCAACCACAAGACUUUGAGCCAAGAGCGUGACAGUUUUUUCCAUUACAUUCAACAGGUCCAGAAGAAUGGCCCUGAUGUCCUCGACACCCUCACUGAGGGCGAGAAGAUAAAAUGGGAUGUGGUACAGAAAGAGAUAGACAAGUAUCUUCGAGUCGCAAAGAACAUCAUCGACGAUUGUAUGGCAACUUUAGGCACCGAAGACUUCCAGUGUGUUGAGGAACCCAGAAAGAAUAAGAAGACCGAUUCCGGUGUCAGCUUUGGCUCAGAAAUACGCCCAAGCACCGAAUCCAACGUCGAGUCGCUUCGCCCGGUUUCUCCCGCCCUCUCUCAGAGCACAAACAAGAGCUCGAGUGCCCUUCUGAGACUCACCAAGGAGUUCAAACGUAUGCGAGUCAAGUCUCGACCAGAUGUAGAAGAGAUGGUCAAGAUGGAUCCACAGCUUGCCACGGAGACAGACCAGAAGAGCACCAUGGUGAAAAAAGUGCGGUCAAUGGUGAGCCUAAGAGGGCUGAACUCUGGCUCUGGUUCGUUGGCGGGCAGCAGGAAAAACAGCGCGGCAGCGCCUUUUCAUGUCGAAGAGAUGAAGCGCGCUCGCAUCAAUUAUGAAGCCUCUGCUACGAAAUAA